UCUGCGCGGCCCCGCGGGCGGCCCUUCACCUCCGCGGGCGGCCGUAGCGAUUGCUUCGGUCUGGCUCCAGCAUGGCGGCCAACUCGACUACCAACCCCUCGCAGCUGCUGCCGCUCGAACUGGUGGACAAAUGCAUAGGUUCACGCAUCCAUAUCGUGAUGAAGAGCGAUAAAGAAAUCGUUGGGACGCUUCUAGGAUUUGAUGACUUCGUCAAUAUGGUGUUAGAAGAUGUUACAGAAUUUGAGAUUACACCUGAGGGCAGAAGAAUCACAAAGCUAGACCAGAUUUUGCUAAAUGGAAACAACAUCACAAUGCUGGUUCCUGGAGGAGAAGGACCUGAAGUAUAAAUUCAUACAUCUGUCCUCUUUGAAGACAUAUGGAUAAAGUAUGAAGAGAGCUUUUGGCCUGUGGAUGUGUUUUGGUUGUGGGUUGGUUUUCUUUGCACACUCUUGCAGUUGACAUUGGAGAGAGGAGAAGGAUUUCCUCUUCAGGAAAGGUGCAUUGCUAAUGAUGCUGGUGACUUUGUGUUGAAAUCCUGACUGUCUUGUAAAGACUCUGAUCUGUACUGAAUAAAAGAUUUUCUUUUUUUUUUU